AUGCAGGUGGUAUUGGUGUAUUGUGGAAAGGACUACUACAGAUUACUUGGAAUCAAGAGAACAGCUAAUGAGAGAGAAAUCAAGAAAGCAUUCAAAAAAUUGUCUCUAAAGUACCAUCCAGACAAGAACAAAGACAAUCCUGAGAAGGCAAAGGAGAAAUUUGUAGAGAUAGCAAAUGCUUAUGAGAUUCUAUCUGACCCAGAGAAGAGGAAGAUCUAUGACCAGUUCGGAGAAGAUGGGGUGAACCAAGCUCAGCAACAAGAAAACCAAAGAAAUGCAGGACAAGCUCAUGGAUUUGGAAACAUGAAUAUGGAUGAUAUCUUUAAUCAAUUCUUUGGAGGAGGCGGUGCUGGUCCUGGUGCUGGAUUUGGAGGACAUGGAGGAAACUUCCACUUUGGAGGUGGACAUCACCAACAACAGCAUCAGCAGCAACCACGUGUUGAUUAUUUCGAGAACUCUGAUGUGACAAAGUUAAACAUGCAGACUAUCUCUUCUUUCUAUAGAAGAAAUAUAGUAUGGGUAAUUUUCUUUUACAAUCCAAAAGAUUCUAAGAUAAAAGAGAGAGCAGAGCAAUUCAAAAUACUUUCAGAGAAAACUCAUGGAAUCAUUGGAGUCGGAGUGGUAGACUGUGAAGAGGACGAAGAGAUUUGAGAAGAAUUUGAAGUUUAUGAAGCCCCCAAAGUUAAGAUAUUCACAGAGAAGGUUUCAGAUUCUGGAAAAUUCUAUAAAGGGAAGUUUGAUUGGAAGAAGAUCUCAAAUAAAGCAACUUCAAUCAUGGAAUCAUUUGUAUCAAUUGUGACAGAGCAGAACUAUGGGAACUUUAUGAAUAGGGAAAAAGGAAAUUUUAAAGUGUUGUUAUUUACAAAUAAGAAAUCAACUCCAGCAGUAUACAAAGCAUUGUCUAAAUUCUCAAAGAAAAUGACAUUUGGAUUGGUGAGACACGCAGAUCCAUUAACACAUAACUUUAAGAUCACUCAUCACCCAUCUUUGUGAGUUGUGACUAAUCAUUAUGAGUAUAAAACUGACUGAUAUACAGGAGAAAUAUCACUGGAGAAGCUAAAGGAUUUCUUAAGACAAUAUCUUACUGGCAAAAAGAUUGCUAACGCAGAUAUCCAAUCAGGACUUGUUGAAUUAACUAAGAAAAAAUAUGAAACUGGAUUGUGCGGAAAACACGAGUCUAAAUUCUGUUUAAUUUUCUUCUCAACAGGGUCUCAUGCUGAUAGAAGGACCCAACUAUCUAUCGAGAAAGUGAUGUCUACAUUAUCAAAGUCUCCUAUUAUCUUCACAUAUGUGGAUAUGAAUCAGAACGAGGAGUUUUAUCACCACUUUGGCACAAAGAAGCAGACCAUCAUGUAUCGCCCUAAGAGAAACAGAUAUGCUGAAUUCACAGGUGAAAAGGCAGAUGCUGAAAGCUUGCAGAUAUUUAUCGAUGGGAUCCUUAGUGGAAAUGGAAGAUUUACCAAACUAGAUUCAGUUCCUUCGUUUGAAUACAGAAAUGAAGACUUGUAA